CUUUGUCUUUCCUUUAUUCAUGGUCAGCAGCAGCUGAGUGCCCACUGUCCCAGGCUGCUUGUAUGGUCUACUGAGAAAAAGUGAAAAAGCCCUGGGGUGAGGAGACUGACAGGCCUGUGACCUCCUCCUGGAACCAGCAGUACCAGCUGUUGUUGGGAAGCAGAAGCACACUGCUGGGACACAGGCCCCACAUUCUGAGUUCUGGCAGCCCUGGGCUGGCCAUGGGGAGAGAGGGGCUGGUUGCUAAGGCCUCAGGUGGUGUGGAUCCGGAAGCAGGAAGUCUAUGCUCCCAGGAGUUAAGGCUUCGAGAGCUUGGAGGCAGGUCAUGUCUUGAUGUUGGGCUGCUGGGGGAAGUGGGAAGAGAAGGGGCUGGCCAGGUCAGGUUCAGGACCAAGGUAAGGGCAAGGAGAGGAGUGGAAGUGAAGUUGGGGCAGGAACUGGGGCCUAGAGGAACAGUGUGAAAGGGGCAGGGGCUGGAUGGUGGGAGGCCUGUAUGUGUCCUGGCUCCAGAGGAACCCAGAGCUCUAAAGGUUUCCCUCUGGGGGGUUGGGGCAGGUGGCAUCCAGGACCCUCUAGCUGGGAUGGCCAACCUGAAGGAUCUGGAGACCACAGCAAAGGAAGUGCUGGGGAGACUGAAGAGCAACCAACUGUUCGAGUCCAAGUCAGACACCGCUUACUUCAUUAUCUUCCUCAUUGCCCUGGGCACUAUAUUGCUCCUGCUGCUGCUUAUUUGCCUCAACUGCUGCUGCAGAGAACUCCAUGAGACUGAGUAA